AUGGCUUCACUCCAAGCAUCCCCGCCUCUCAAAGCACUUGUUGUCUUUCGAAACCGCAUUCACAAAGAGCUGAUCAGGAGUAUUCAUGUGUACCAAUUGGAGGGAGGGGCAGAGGAGGUCGUAGAGAGGGAGUAUCUGUUUCUUGAGAAUCUUGAAUAUGAGGAGAUGAAGUUCCUUGGCAAAGUUUUCACCCUGCAGAAAUUUGAUGUCUCAGCACAUUUUGCAGGGAUGGCUAAUGGUGUUUGGGAUUGCAUUUAUGUGUUUAACAUGGACUUAGACAAGCAGCCUAAUCUGGAAAUGAUUCCGGAGGAUUUGUCAAUUACUAGAAACCCUAAGCUGGCAUCAAUCCCGUCCUUGUCAAAUGAUCUUCAAAUGAUCUUCAAAUUGGGACACAAAAUAGAAUGUGGAGAUCCAUCAAAAGUUUUACCUAAGGAAGGAGAGGAAAUUCACAGUGAUGUUGGUCAUCUUACUCAAAGGGCUCAGCAUGUGCCUGUGUUGGAUCUUAACUCACUUCCGUGUUCUGGAUCUGAUAAUGAAGAGAAUAACCAGAAUGCAGCAGUGAUCCACAGAAUUGAAGCCGAACGCCUUGUCCACGUGGGAAGUGUGCUUCUAAAAUGGAAGAUUGCAGGUGUAGUAGAGAAGAAGCAAAAGAGGGCUGCAACCAAAGAUAUAGCAAGACUUGCAUUGGAAGAUCUUGCCAAGUACUUUGAUCUUCCAAUUAUUGAAGCUUCAAAGAAUCUUAAAGUUGGUCUUACAGUACUCAAGAAGAAGUGCAGAGAAUUUGGUAUUCCUCGUUGGCCACAUCGAAAGAUCAAAUCCCUUGAUAGUCUGAUUCAGGACCUCCAGGGAGAGGUGAAAAGGCAGCUGGAGGAGGAUGAAGCUGCAGCAAUGGCAGUGGCAAAAAGGCAGCGAAUGAUAGAAAGUGAAAAAGAAAGCAUAGAGAAGAAGCCCUUCUUGGACAUACAGUGGGAAACCAAAAAGUUCAGGCAAGAUAUCUUUAAGAGAAGGCAUAGGGCUAGAGCUCUUGAAAACCAAUCUCGAACAUUAUCCUUGCUUUAG